CAUACUAUACUAUACUGGUCGCAUCUCUGUUCUAUCCAAACUCUCUUCCUCUUCCUUGGUUCUUCUAGCGCAACCCAGAUACCAGACUCUGCGCACAACCAUUAAACCAUGAAUAGCUGCUUAUCAACGAGCUUCACUGCUCGAAUCUCCCCACCUUCCAAGCAAUGCGAACUGCGUCAUCGUCCCUCCCACCUCUGCAGAACAUCACUGAUCCUUCGACCCUCGCUCACUCACGGAGCUCCGACAAGCAUCGUUUGCAUGGCGGAGCCUUAUAUGAUAACAAAACUUGAAUCUGCUGAGAAAACGUGGAAAGAACUAUCGGUCAAGCUGGCUGAUCCAGAUGUAGUAUCAAAUAAUAGUGAAUACCAAAAGUUGGUGCAAUCAAUGGCAGAUCUUGAUGAGGUUGUGUCAACAUUCAGGACAUUCAAGGACUGUGAGAAGCAAUUAGAAGAAUCAAAAGCUCUAGCGAAAGAGGCAGUUGGUGAUGUAGAUAUGGCGGAGAUGAUAGCUUCUGAGAUUGAAACCUUGUCCAAUCAACUCAAAGAGCUUGAGGAGAAGCUCAAGGCGUUGCUGCUUCCUAGUGAUCCUCUUGACGCAAGAAAUAUAUUGCUUGAAGUGAGGGCUGGUACUGGAGGUGAUGAGGCUGGAUUUUGGGCUGCUGAUCUUGUACGAAUGUAUCAAAGGUACAGCGAGCGGAAUUCGUGGAAGUUCUCCCCACUUUCAAGCUCUGAGACUGAAAAAGGAGGAUUCAAGACAUAUGUGAUGGAAGUUAAAGGAAAUCGUGUCUAUAGCAAACUAAAAUAUGAGUCUGGUGUCCAUCGGGUUCAACGUGUUCCUCAGACAGAAGCCCAGGGUCGUGUGCAUACGUCUACAGCAACCGUGGCAAUCAUGCCUGAGGCUGAUGAAGUUGAGGUGGUAAUUGAUCCAAAAGAGAUAGAACUAACAACAGCAAGGUCUGGCGGUGCUGGAGGGCAGAAUGUCAACAAGGUGGAGACAGCUGUUGAUCUUUUUCAUAAACCAACUGGAAUCCGAAUCUUUUGCACCGAAGAAAGAACUCAGCUCAAGAACAGGAACCGUGCUCUUCAGUUGUUGCGAGCAAAACUGUAUGAGAUUAAAGUAAGGGAGCAGCAAGAGUCAUUAAGGAAUCAGAGAAAAUCACAGGUUGGUACAGGUGCCCGUGCAGAGAAGAUUCGCACAUACAAUUUCAAGGUGCUUGCACAAUAUUUUAAUUCCCUUGAGUUUAAUAUAUUUGGAUUGAACUAUUCCUCAAGUGUUGUCCAGAGAAAUUUCUGUGAAUUUUCUCUGGUUUGGAAAUCAUGUUUUUUGAAUCUUUGGUAUCAUGUUUUAUUUUUUCUUUUUAAACAUCCAAAGAUGAACUUUGAGCUCACUUCAUUUCUUGAUGGUGACAUUGAGACAGCAGUUCAGUCUUGCGCUGCUCUGGAACAAAAGGAACUACUGGAAGAACUUGCUGAAUCUGUAGGCACACUAGGUAGCUGAUUUCGUGGAACUCUGGAUGAUUCCAGUUCCAGGGUACAGAAUGGACUGUGGAGGCUUCCAUGCAUUUGGCACUUCAACUUACCACUGAAAUGCUGACAUGGGCGGAGCUAUGCAUGAAUUUGGAUUUUUUUUUUUUUUAUUUUGAAAAUUAUGUGUUGUAUAAAUUUUUUGGGAGGUUUUCAUGAAAAUUGUUCAAAAAAAUAGAUUUAUCAACCAAAAAAAAAAAAAAAAUUGUUUUAAAAGAAUAAUUAAUUUUAUGUUUAUUGUUUUUUUAUAUCAUGUUUUGUUUAGCACGCAUAACUGUUUAUCGUUGAAUCUAAAUAUGAGCGAGACUUAUAUAGAUAUGGUUACAAUAAUUGUGUA